CAGAUGUGCUACCCACGUCGAAGCUUGGAAUUUGGAGCUUGCAAUGAACCCAUGAACGCAACGAGGACCGUCCAACAUGGCGGCCCAGCGUAGGAAUUUGAUGCAGAGCCAUCAAAGCUGGACAGAUGACUUGCCGCUGUGUCAGAUGUGUGGGGUUGGCACAGCAACCAACUGUGUGUACGGCCCAGAUGGAAAAGGAACUCUGAGCCACCCCAAUGAGGAUGGACACCUCAGGUUCAGAGGCGAGGAUGGCUGUUUCCUGUAUGGAGUUUUUAAUGGCUACGAUGGCAGCAAAGUGGCCAGUUUUGCCUCCCAGUGUCUGACAGCCGAACUGCUGCUAGGACAGCUCAACUCCAGUCACACAGACAACGACGUCCGCAGGAUCCUCACGCAGGCCUUUGACGUGGUAGAGAAGAGCUACUUUGAGACGAUAGACGAUGCUCUGGCUGAGAAAGCUCACCUGUCCAACUACCUCCCACCACACAAUGAGAAUGUGCCAUUCCACCAGCUUUCUCCUCAGAGUCAGAAGGUGCAGGAGCGUCUGAAGGAGCUGGAGCGAGAGGUGUCAGGGGGAGCUACGGCCGUCGUGGCACUGAUCCUCAACAACAAGCUCUAUAUCGCCAAUGUUGGUACCAACCGGGCACUGCUGUGCAAGUCCAGCAGCGACGGCCAGAACCAGGUUCUACAGAUCGGCCGACCACACAGCACUGACAACGAAGACGAGCUGCAGAGGCUUGCAGCACUGGGUGUGGAUUCAGCUCGUGUGCGGCAGGCGGGGCAGAUUGCUGGUCAGAGCAGCACCAGGAGGCUCGGAGACUACCGGGUUAAAUUCAACUACAAUGAAAUCGACCUGCUCAGCGCGGCCAAGACGAGGCCAAUCAUCGCAGAGCCAGAGAUUCAUGGUAGCCAGUCUUUGGACAGCGUGACAGGCUUCUUGUUGCUGAUGUCAGAAGGUCUCAUCAAUGCCCUUGAGUCCGCCCACGGCCCCGAACAAGCCAAUCAGGAAAUUGUCGCCAUGGUAGCAGCAGAGCUGGCCCUGCAGACCAGUCUGGAGGCAGUGUCCCAGUCGGUGGUCGAGCGCGUCAAACGGCUGCACCACGACGUCUACGUGUCCGGCCGUCAGAGGGCAACCUACUGCUCUCGGCACGAGGACAUGACCCUGCUCAUCCGCACGCUCAACUACCCGCUGGCUGACGGAGUGCUCACACCCACACAGGGUGGACGGAUCUACCCCGUGUCAGUGCCCUACUCCAACAGCCAGAGCACCAGUAAAACCAGUGUCACCCUCUCACUGGUCAUGCCCUCCCAAAAUACUCUCACCAAUGGCACCAACACUGCCUCCACCCUGGAAGAAGGCACCCCCACACCAGGACUGCUGUCGACAUCCUGCAGCCCAUAAUUGAACUCCCUUUUUCCCCUCUUUUCCCCCUCUCUCCUCUUCCUUU